GUGCCUCCUUUAUUCAGCAUAUGGCGGAAAAUUUCUUUCCCGCGGUUUCGAUCACCUUUGCUGGCAAAAAAACAACUCACAGAAAAGAUAUCGUUCCCACAUUCAUCCGCGAACAGGCCAGAGAACGAUAUUCAACAAUUCGCGAAUCAAUGUUCCCAUUGGAAGAAGCAGCGAAACAAAUAGUUUAUAUCGACACGUUGAUCUAUCUUCUUGACGAACAAGGAUUCGAAUUUAAACAAAGCAUCGAGGGAAAUCACCGCGUGGUGGAUAAAAUUGGACGUAGAGAAUUUGAGAAAGACGCAAGUGACGAAGAAGUGGAGGAGGAAUCUUUCAAUCAUAAAUAUAAGCGUGGAAGGGGUAAAGGGAAUCCCGAGGAAUUUGAAAUGAUUGAAGGACAACCAGUGAUUAAGACGGAAAAAGUAUUAAGGACGGGAACAAGAGGAACCUCUAAAAGAAUCGGCACCGUGGAUGGACGACGAAGGUUGUACCUGAAUAAGGUUGGGGUGGAACGAGAUCAAGAUGAUCAUCUGUUGAUUUCGGAACGAAAUGCACAGGAUCGAGCAACAGCCAAAGAGUCGGAAAUCCUCAUGAUCCCAAAGGACAAGAUGCCAGUCGUGAUAGUUCCUGCCGUUUCCAAAAUGGAAAAGGCAACAUACCUCCGAUUCUGA